GCAUUGGGCACCGAACACUGACGUCACAUUUCCGAAUGAGUAAUGACCUCUGAAUCGGAUAGUUCAGUGGAUGACUAUAAAUAUGCAUUCGAACAAUAUUAUCACACAGCUUCAUCAGGUGGAUUUGCUAUGCAUACUUUUUCAUCUCCCACUCUGAUCAAUAUUCGAAGGUAUUCCCACAAUAAAGAUGAAUUCCGUUAUCGACUUUAUUUUAUUUCAUAUCCACUGACUAUUUCUCAUCCUGGAAGUAAACCUACAUUGUUCUGUGCUGAUGUCGGUCAACAGCCGUUAAAAAAUGAUGAACUAACUUGGCAUUCACUACUGCCUGCUGAAUUUGUUCAUGGCAAAAACCCACUUGCUUUGGCUGACUUCCUCUUACACGAACGUAUGCGUGUUUCUGUAGCUGGUGUGACAAAUUUUUGUCUAUCCGAGUGUGGUAAAUUAAUUAUUUGUGCAUCAAGUCAAAUAUACAGUGCUUAUGAUAAAAUUUCUUCAGAGCCUGACCAAUUACUUGAACCUGUUGAAGCUCCAUUAACCAGUGCAAUUCAACCAGUGAUAUGUCCAUUGAACUCAGAUAUUGUUGUUUGUUUAUCAAAUGAAAAUAUUUUUAUUGGACAUACACCAACAAAUAAAUGGACGCGAGUAACACAUUAUUCAAGUGAUAGCGGCUUAUCCGCUGGUACUCCAGCAUUUGUUAUUCAAGAAGAAUUUGAUCGAUAUAUGGGUUACUGGUGGCGACCAACAAUGACUAAUGGUUAUUAUCAAUUAUUAUAUGAAGAAGUCGAUGAAAGCAACGUCUCUGUAACAAAAUUAUUCCAUGGUGAAUAUGGUGGAGGUUGGGAAAAUCAACAUUAUCCAACCGCAGGUACUGAAAAUGCUCGCAGUGACUUGAAAAUCUGUCAGUUCCAGUUGGAUUCAACUGGUAAAAUGUGCAAUAUACAAAUUCUUUCACUUCAUUUACCUUUAAAACAAUAUAUACCUCAAUUUGAAUAUCUUGUACGAGCUGGUUGGACACCAGAUGGAAAUUAUGUUUGGUGUCAGCUGAUCACUCGUUUACAACAACGUCUUUCAUUGAUUUUAAUUCCAGUAGAUAACUUUUGUGCAAUAUCCAAUGUGAUUGUCAAUGAUCAUGGAGCAGUUGCUUCUGCUUCUGCUGCUCCAGCUGCUUCUCCCACUGCCACUUCCGUCAACACAUCUUCAUUCCCAUCAUCAAUAUCACCGUGUAUAGAAUUAAUUACUGAAGAAGAAUCAAAGUAUUGGGUUAAGGUUCAUGAUUUCUUAACCUUUUUAACGAAUCCAUGGCAUCCUGUGAUAGGCGAUUGUUCAAAUAAUGAAGUCGCCUUCAAAGGCGGAGAUAAUUGUACAUUUAUAUGGGCUUCUCAUAGAUCAGGUUAUACCCACUUGUAUCUUGUACAGUGUUCAUGGUCUAAGGAUAAAUUGUCCACCAUAAUACAUCAUGAUAAUGCCAGUACCUCUGCGCACGUUGAUGGUGAUAAUAAUAAUAGUGAACAGUCUGCAGUUCUUAUCAAAGCUGAACAAGUUUACAUCAAUCAGUUAACGAAUGGUAAUUGGGAAGUUACUGGAAAUAAGAUAUGGUUAGACGAAAAUAACCAGUUGGUUUAUUUCGAAGCGAAUAAAGAACAUCCUAUUCUCAGAAAUAUAUAUUGUGUCAGUUAUGCCAGUGGAGAUCGUGGUCACCUGUCAUGUUUAACCACUCAACUUUCAACGACUAAUAAUUCUACAGAAGUAGAAACUGUUGAAGGUGAACACAUUUCAUCACUGUCAUCAUCAUCAUCACCUUCAUCGUCAUCAUCACCAUCAUCCUCUAUGCCUGUAAAUAUAAAUCAACCGAAUAUUUUAGAUCCCUACUUUACUGAUGCUCAAUCUCAUUUAAAACCUUAUCCAUUAUCCUAUGAAGUGAGUGCAUUCAACCCGAACUAUGGUAUUAUGCUAAUUGAAUCAAGUAGUUUAGAUAAAUUGAUUGGUAUUCAAGUCUGUCGUAUUACUAUGACGACGACGACUUGUGAUCAUGAAAAUCGUCAACAUAAACCUAUUCUACAACAUAUUGGAUGGUUACGGAAACAUGUGUCUCAUUACAAUGCCUUCAAUGGUUUUCAACCGACUAAUCCACCUAUGAUACUUCGAUGUGAUAUAUUUAACAAUUUAGACAGGAAUAAUAACAAAUUACCGGUAGUAUCGUCAAAUUAUAUUGAAUUUAAUGAUCCCCAGUCGAUUCUCUAUGGACAAUUAUUUAUACCAAAUUAUAAUCAUAGUCGAUUAAUGAAUGGUUAUCCAACUGUACAUUUUGUCUAUGGUGGUCCUGGAAUCCAAUUAGUUCGUGGUAGUUAUUCGAGAUCAGUAUUUGCUCACGCUCAAUUAUUUUGUCAUUAUGGCUAUGCGGUGUUUUUGUGUGAUUGUCGUGGUUCUGCGAAUCGUGGUAUUCAAUUUGACGGUUAUAUUAAAAAUCGAAUGGGUCAGGUAGAACUUGACGAUCAUGUUGCCUUUCUAAGAUAUGCUGCGAAAGCCACCGGUUUAAUUGAUCUUUCACGUGUUGCAAUUAUGGGCUAUUCGUUUGGUGGUUAUAUGUCUCUAAUGGCUGCAGUAAGAUAUCAUCAUGUGUAUAGAGCAGCUGUUGCUGUCUCACCAGUUGUUGACUGGGCACUGUAUGAUUCAGCGUAUACUGAACGGUAUAUUGGUCUACCCGGGGAUAAUCCAGACGCCUAUAAUAAAGGUAAUGUAAUGCAUUAUGUAUCGAAUAUGCCGUCAAGUGAAUAUCGUCUGUACAUAUUUCAUGGUGGUCAAGAUGAAAAUGUCCACUUUGUGCAUACUGCAUCAUUGAUUGGAAAACUGAAAGCUGCUGGUAAACCGCAUCAUUUUCAGUUCUAUCCGAAUUCUCGACAUCGUUUAAACCAUCAAAGUCAUUUGGAAGCGACAGUUUUAACAUUUCUUGAAGAUACACUAUCUACCCCUCCCACUACUGCCACUAGUAUACCAAGCUAUAAGCUCAAAUGAACCGCGCAAUGUAACGAACAGAGUAAACCGCCUGUAGCCAAUCUACUUCUCAACUAGCUAACUAACUGUACUUCAACUGAGCCUGGGUUCGGACAGCAGUGUGUUGUCUGCAAUAUGGAAGCACGCCUAACGCUGCUCUCCAUAUACUGCUACAACGAUUACUACUACAACAACAACUGCUACGCUUCAGUGUGUGCUUUUUGUCUCAACAACCUAUUCAGCUGAAAUGGCCUUCAAUGUCUUUCCAAUGUUAUUAUUAUUUUAGUCGUAUCUCUCAACAGAUGACAUAGUGAGGCAUCAGUUAUGAAUCAAUAACAGAAAUCUUGAUACAUGUGUGUACAUUAAUAACAGUGAUCUUCUUUUUCUUGUUCUUUUCUUAUACUCGAAAGGUGAUACUUAGACAAACUUUGGCCUACCUCUUAUUUUCUAGCAGUAGUUAACUUAUAUACUACUCACAGUCAACUGUGUUUUCCACUACUUUC